AUGGCCACCGUUCAGCAGCUGGUAGGAAGAUGGCGCCUGGUAGACAGCAAAGGCUUUGACGAGUACAUGAAGGAACUGGGAGUGGGAAUGGCUCUGCGGAAAAUGGGCGCAAUGGCCAAGCCAGAUUGUAUCAUCACUUCUGAUGGCAAAGCCCUCACCGUGAAAACCGAAAGCACCUUGAAAACAACACAAUUCUCCUGUAACCUGGGAGAAAAGUUUGAAGAAACUACAUGUGGCCCUUUAAUAUUCAUGUGUGAUGUGGGUGAGCAGGAAGAAGUGACGAAGCUGGCGAACUGGUUUAAACAGCUGAGUGACAAGCUUUUGUGA